UAUAAUGCUUAGGUAUACCAGAACUCCGCAUGUGAUGUAUGUUUUAUUUAUACUUUUUAUCAGUGCGUGGCUCGUUUAUAAGCAAAGAUGGACGUGUUUGGGUAUUUGAGAUAUGCGAUUGUGCUUAUUUUAUUGGAACAAGUAUCAGUAUAUGCAAGUACUUUGACCUACACUCUGAAUGAUGGUAACGAGAUACCAGCCAUAGCUUUGGGAACUAGUUUGGGACAUCUCUCUGAUGGUACAAGGCUGUUGGCAGUGAACCACUCACUAGCGAGAGCGGUACAAUGGGCUCUAGAGACUGGGUACAGACACAUAGACACUGCAGCCUUGUACCGCAUAGAGGACGAGGUUGGUCUCGGCGUCCGGGACUAUUUGCGAGACAAUAACGCGGCUAGAGAGGACGUGUACAUCACUACUAAGUUAUGGAACGAUGCCCAUGAAAGGAGUGAAGUUAUUCCGGCAUUACGAAAAUCAUUACAAGAAUUACAGAUGGAUUAUGUGGAUCUUUACCUGAUGCAUUAUCCAAUGGCGUAUACGAAAGACGGCGCCAUAAGUGAGACGGAUUACUUGGAGACGUGGAAAGGUUUGGAAGACGCGAAAGAGCAAAACUUGACUAGAUCAAUAGGAGUUUCCAACUUCAACAUAACACAAAUGCAGAGACUCUGGAAUAACUGCAGAAUCAAGCCAGCAGUCAACCAAAUAGAGGUGAACCCAACUAUAACUCAAGAUGAACUUGUAAACUGGAGCAACGAUCACGGGGUGAUUGUUAUGGCGUACACCCCCUUUGGAGCCAUACUAGGUCGCAAGAGCGAUGCCCCUCCACCACGUGCAGACGAUCCAUACCUUAUGAGCUUGGCUCAAAAAUACAAUAAGACUGUGCCGCAAAUACUGUUGAGGUAUCUGUUGGAUCGUCAUCUGGUCGCAAUUCCGAAGUCAACGAAUAAGGACCGGAUUAGCCAGAACUUCGAUAUAACAAACUUUUCACUGACAUCUGCCGAAGUUGACGAGCUAUCGAAAUUUAAUAGUAAUUACCGUCUCCGAACACCCGCCAAGUGGUAUCCCCAUCCACAUUUCCCGUUUGAGAAAAAGAACCUUACUGCUUCAGAAAUAAAGUACAUAAUCGAAAACAGCAAGGACGAUUAGGGAAGAGAAAAUAAAAUUUGGGAUGGAAGCAGAAAUUUUCAUAUAAUAAAAAUAUGUCAGGUAAAAGGAUUUUUUUCGACUCACGCGGAUUAAAUGUGAAGAUCCAUUAAGAAGCUUUUGUUACGAAAUUGAUUUGUCGAAGUGAAUUCUUCUCUUAUUGAACGUGAAGGAAUUUGCGUGUCUUAUUACAUUGUGAAUCAUGUAAAAUUAUACCAAUAAGUAAAUUUCACCGUAUAUGUAUUUACAGUAUUACAUGUCUAAUAAUGUUUCAAAGUA